AGAAGGGGGUAGCACGUGCGUGUUUAUAACCUGCGAAGGCACUUAUUAGGUUCAUUGUCGGUGGAAUAUCGAAUCCUCUUUCGUCUUGGCGAUUGAAGAAUUUGAAAACCCUAACCUGAUAAUCUCCUCUUUCGUCUUCCGUAAGCAGACAUGGCACGUACGAAGCAAACCGCUCGCAAAUCUACCGGUGGAAAGGCUCCAAGGAAGCAACUCGCAACUAAGGCAGCAAGAAAGUCUGCCCCUACCACCGGUGGAGUGAAGAAGCCCCACAGAUACCGCCCAGGAACCGUAGCUCUUCGUGAAAUUCGCAAGUAUCAGAAAAGUACUGAACUGUUGAUCAGGAAACUGCCCUUCCAACGUCUUGUUCGUGAAAUUGCCCAAGACUUCAAGACGGAUUUGAGGUUCCAGAGCCAUGCUGUUCUUGCUCUUCAGGAAGCUGCAGAAGCUUAUCUUGUUGGAUUGUUUGAGGAUACUAAUCUGUGCGCCAUCCAUGCUAAGCGGGUGACCAUAAUGCCCAAGGACAUCCAGCUUGCUAGGCGGAUUCGUGGUGAAAGGGCUUAAUUGUAAUAGGUGUCUGGUCUAUUAGAAGAAUGAAUUGAAAAAUUGGUCUGUCUGUUCAUUUAGAUUGUAUGUUAUGCACCUAUAAUCCGUUGUGGUUAUCUGGAAUUUGAACCACUUUAUACUAUUUGUUGUCUUGACAAUAUGACAAAACCGUGAAGUUAUACUAAAGUCCUUGUUGCCUUUGCUUAA